CAGGGCUUCGAGAAGGAGAAAGUAGGAUAUACAGAAGAUUGCUAACACAGGAGAAUGCAGUGUAGCGCGAUCUCCGGAAAGUUUUGGAUAGUGUGAAGCUUGCCUUCAAACACCAGAAACAUGUCUAAAUCACUAGCAGAGCUAUGUAUGUUCUGUAUCGCCAGCAAUCUCCAAAAUGUUUCUCGUUUAGGAACGUUUUUGUCGAAGAACGACAACGAAGUCCUACUGGAAUUGCUUUGUGAUCAUGACAUGUUCACAGGGAACAAUAUGCCUCAUAUAACGUACCAGCUUCUUACAUCUCGGCUUGAAAACAUUGCAUUCCGUUACAGCAAUCAGGUGGACGAUACACUGCUUCAAAAUGUUGCCCUCUGCGGUUGUAAGCUGAAGUCGUUUACGCUCAAAGAAUGUCCAAUGGUUUCAGGUAUUUAUUGAAUACAGUCAUACCACAUCUACUUCAAUAAGCACUGUUAUUUACGCCAUACUCACUAUUUGUUUUGACUCUGGCUUAGAGCCUACAGUUAAUUUUGGAAAUCAGCGCAACCUACAGAUUAGUUAAAUAGUUGUCUGGUAACAGAUACGCUGUGGCUAUAUGGCCGGUAACCGGUCAAGGUUUCCAAAACACUAAAUGGCCGGCAGUCCUAUAUUCUUAGCAAAUUUCACAAAAUCGAAAGAUUCUAGCUAAUCUAAACUAUCAUAUGUCGAUUUAGAAAAGUCAAGCGAUCCUGAAAUGCUUUUCACAUCUCAAGCCACAAGCUUUAAUAUAACAGGGAAGCAUUUGCAUCCUACUUUGCAGAUGAGUUGUAUCAGCUUUGUUGAGCAUAUGUUCUUUAAAUGCGAUGAAAUUCGUUUAAUUUCGGUUGUCUACCGUUAAAUGCCGGGUUAUUCUUCAUUUAUAUCUGUCUGAUUUCAUUAAAAUGUGGCGACUAGGUUUCGCCUGCCACUGGCCAGUGCUGUCUCCAAAAAUGUACGGGGAUUGCCGUCUUGGUCGGCACAGCUGGAUAUCCCAGGGAGUGGGAUGGAUCAGGCUUAGGGGGAGCAAAACUACAGGGUUAGGGGGAGCUAUUUUGACACAACCCCUUCAGCAAGGAGCAGUGUUUACUGGAGGCCUUGACUAGCAAGUACCUUGUUCUUAAUUUGCCAUAGCGAGCUGAAUCAGGCCUCUGCUGACAAUAAUUAUCAUGAUAAUUGCAGAGCUCAGGGGGAGGUGCAGACAGUUACCCAGUGUGCUGGGUGGGAAGGGUGAAAGGUUUGGUACCAAGGACUUAAGCUUAAUAAUAGUUAACAGCUAAUGUCCAGGGCCAGGUUUUUUGAAGCUGGGUUAACAUAACCCAGGGUUAGUGCGAAAUUUGAACUCAGAUUUGAGAGCUUAAAAAGCAUAUUCAGUUUAAGUCUCUUUGCCUUCAAUUGGAUGAUUGGAUACUCUAAAAAGAAUAGAGAAAACUAUCCUAGAGAGUGCUUUUGAUAAAAAGAAAAAGAAACCCCAGUUUAAGUUUAACCCCCUGGUUAGCACUAACUGGCGUUUGAACAACCGGGCCCAGGAGUCUAACUACAGUGUUCAAAGUCUUUUAAAACAAGCAUAGUAAUGUAGUAAUGGCCGUUUUUAUGCUAGAGACGUUAAAGUCGUUUAGACGCAUUUAACGUCUGAGACGUUAAAGUCGUCUAGUGUAAAAACGGGACGCACUAAAGUAGACAACCUUAUUUAAAAAAGUAGAUUUUUCUGAAAAAAGGACUAGGCUCUACUCUCGGAAGACACUGGACACGAGUUAAAGCGGCGCCAAAUAUGAACUUCAAGCCCGCGAAAUGCCAACAAAUUUUUUCUCCACUGCUCUUUCAGCUAUUUAUUUAUAUUUUGCUCGUAGCUUAACAACUGAUGUAUCGAUUUCCUUUGCUUUUCCUUUCUUAGAACUGGUUGCUGUCUUCGCUUGUAAACAAGCAUCUAACUCUUUCUUAAUGGCUUCAAAAAUAUGAACAUUAGCUGACUUUUUGAGUGCAAGAGUCUCCAAAAUUAAUGCAAAUUCAGUUCGGUCGUCUGCGAGAACAGAUGCAAACUCCUUAAGUUCAUCCUCACUCCACUUUCUACCAUGAGACUCCUUCAUGCUCUUCUUGGCCGCCAUGUUGUUUUGCACUCGUCCCAGUGGUCUCUGGACGAGUCGAGCAUAAAUGCGUCCUAGUUUACGACGUCCCGUCUUUAUACCAGACGACUUUAACGUCUGAGACGUUAAAGUCGUCUGUUAAGUGCGUCACUCGGAUGCACUUAACAGAAGACGUUAAAGUCGUCAGACGUUAAAUUCGUCUGCCUUAUUUACCGUUUUUAUGCUAGAUGUUAAGGUCAUCUUGAGAUGACUUUAACGUCUCAGAGGACUUUAACGUCUCUAGCAUAAAAACGGCCAAUAGCUUCAUACCCCAGUAAUACCUUACAGCUACUGCCAAGGUGUCUAGCAACUGUGUUCAACGUAUUAACCUGAGGUAAAGUUAGAAACAUGUGAGAAGACAGAACACACAAAGUCUUUCAUCCAAGAGGGAGGCUGUCUAACACCAACAGGUCAAAGAGAAGGAAGAGUUUCCAUUGCUUCAGAAGGGAGGGUAGGAUAUUUGGCAGUGACUGUUGGAGGUGCCAGUUCAAUUUCUUUUGAUGCUUCUGUGGUUGUUGACCCACCCUUCUGUUUAUCUGGGGUGUCAUUAUAAGGGUCUGGCUGGACAAGCUUUUUCAUGUGGCUUGUGUUGUGUAUCUUUUAGUGUUUCACUCCUGAUCUCCUAUUAUAACUGCAUAACCUUUCUUUUGAAUCACUUUGUAUGGUGCUGCUCUUGUUAAGCAGGAUCUGAUAACCUUCCACAAUGUCACUGUAUUCUGCUGAGCGCUUCACAUCUGCAUACUCUUUUUUCCUGAGGUUUUUGUGUGCAUCCCCUUUGUGGAGGAGUUGUUGCCAGUGGGCUUCGCUGAUUUCGUCAGUGGGGAUGGUUACCCUUGGGAGCUUGUCAUUGAGUCAUCUGCCCAUCAAAAGCUCUCUCUUUGCUUAGUAAUUGUUAGAUUGUUAUACUAUUUCUUUUUAAAGGAUUUAACAUUUUUAACUUUCUUUUGAUCAGCGGACAGUUUGUUCCAAUUUCUAAUAAUUGUUCUCACGCUAAAAGUGUGGCCUUCCCCUGUGUCUUUCAGUUUCCCCAGACCCUCAAAAAACUUUGGGAAACUUAGUCAUAAGGGCUGCUUUUUGGUCUACAAAUUGGGUAUUUUCAAGAUUCACAUUACAGCUGUUUACAUCAAUUCCAACUUUAAGUACUGCAAGAAGCAUUUCCAAAGUUUUACGACCAAGCAAAUUAAAGUGGCAGCAUCCCCUGGGACUACAAAAAAUUCUGCAACUGUUGACUUGUUGGUUUGUGGCACAGUGACUCUUAGUUUACUGCUCCUCUCAAGCUUCAGGGGUUAAGAGUGUGUUUAUGCAUACACAAUUCUAUCAUACUUUGCUAAAGUGGUUCCCCCUCGUAUGAAAGAGACUGAAAAACAUUUUCGGACAUGAGAUUACUGCUAGUCCCUGGAUCUAUAAUAACACUAGUAAACUUAUCAUUUAUAUACAGUUGUAGUACUCUCAAGGCCUUUGCUAGUGGAAGAACUAAAUACAUAAGACACAUCUUCUUUUGCUUCCCCACAAUCCUGUUACUGGGUGGCAGUUUCCACUUUCUCCUGCUUUCUGCUUCUUCUCAGGAUGGUCCUCGAUUGGCUGCAUUUGGGAUUCAUGUUAAGUUCCUGUCUGUAUUGACAAUAAACUGCAAAAUGGCUGACUCAGCCACAGGUUUCUUUCUUUUUUGUUUUCAAGGCUUUGUUUUGGCAGUGCCCGGUUGCCUGAGGUAACUAACAUUUGGCCGGGGGGAGUGAAAAAAAUUUCCCGGUCACCAGGCCCAAAACAAUCCUAAACGUUUCACUGACAAUAUGAGGAAGAAAGUUAAAGAUGACCUAUUUUGACAAAUUAAUAGGUUUGGUGCUGCAGCAGUUUCACUGUUUCACGAAAGUUUUCGUGGGUUUUAUAAACAACAUGCGGCGUUCAGCAGAGCAAUAAAAUCAGUGUGCAUACAGAACACUACAAUUGAAGCUCUUGUGAGCGACCACCUUGGAAAUUCGGAAAAGUGGUCGUAACUAGGGCUGGUUGCUUAUGAGAAUGAGCUCUUGUAAGUCACCACAUGGUACAACAAUAGAGGGUAAAUGCAUAUGAGAGCUUCAGAAACUUAUUAAUAAUUCAUAAAAAAAGAAAAGAUAUUAAUAUUAAUGUUUAAUGAGUGUCUUUAUAUCUGAACUUUAUAAUUUGAACUUUUACAAAUACAAUACUGCUCUGUACAAGAUCUUUAUCCACGAACCAUUAGUGCAGUGUGCAGUUUCAUUAAGUGUUGGUCUGUAUGAAUAAGACUCUGAGCGGUCGCUUACGAGAGUGUUAAUAAAACAAAGGAAAAAUCUGGUUGGGUAGUCUCAAAAGUGAUCACGGUCGCUCACAGGAGUGGUGGCUUACGAGCUUUUAAAUACAAAGUUUAAGCCACAGUUCAAACAGGGUGUCACCAAGUUGGUUGUAACUAGCCGGUCGCUUACGAGAGUGAUGGUAAGGAGAGCAUCUACUGUAUUUCACGUGCUUGUUAAAUAGUUUAAUUGAUUAAUAAGAUGUUCAGAGGCGACCAACUUUGAGGCCUGGGCACCCCAGCUGGAAUGCUUGAUUGCUCCCUGAAAUUUUUCUUAGAGCACAGGCUUGUUGUUUUGUUUGUUUAUUUGCUUUUUUUUUUCAUAUAUUUUCUUUUCUCUAUUGGCUUCUUGCCCUUUCUUCCUACUUCCGGCCAUUAACCUCUGAGGUUCAGCGAUUAUCAUAUUUCUAGUUAAAACAAUUUUUAGAUUCAGCUUUAUCGUGGUAUCAGGAACUAUGAAGGGCUUGGUAAGUGUUAUCAGCCAAGGCGAAACACUUACCUAGACCUUGGUUAUGCCUCAUCCAGUUAUUGUUAUGAUUUUACACAAUUCUGUAUUUGAUUCAAGUUUAUUUAAUUUUGCAGGGGUGAAGUGGGGGGUGGGGUGGGGGGGGGUUGACGUUAACUAUUCAAGGUCCUUGAAAGUAAUGCCAGAAGAUACAUCACCCAAACCUCUGGGGGAAGUUCUUAAUCUCCCUAGAAUGGCCUAUAUGGAAAGGCUCCACCCAAAAGGGGUACCUUUUUCAAGCUUCAGGUAUACAAAAGGGUAGUUACAUUGUAUUUCAAUAGUUGAAGUAUAAAAGAGGGUAGGGAAAUCAGUCAUUUCAGUGUGUAAAAAGACUGAAAAGGGCUAGUGGAAGCAAUUUCCUGGUUUGAUGAUUUAUUCAUUUACUGCAGUUAAAUAAAUAAAGAUGUUUAAUCACCACAUUCUCACAUUAAAAAUGAAUUACAAUGUGCUUACAAUAUGCAGAAAAAUUACAAAAACGUUAUUGGGACUGGAGUUUACAAUAUACAUGUAAUAAUUAAAAAAUAGUAAAACCUAGUAAAAUAAUUACAAGAAUAUGGUUCAAUCAUAGUUACCACAAGAGUUUUACUAAGAAUAACAUUUAACUUUUAAAAGACGUUGCUUUGGCCAUUAGGAUAGUACUAAGGAAAAAGCUUUGCCCGAAGUGAUCAGUUUUGCGUUUCAAAGACGUCCAAGAGUUAGAAUUUCUAAGAGAAUAGUCAUGGGCGAUAGUCCUGAUACUGAGUUCAUUGUCCCUGUCCUCAAGUCUAGCGAUUUCAGCAAGUUGUAAGGCUUCCUAGUAUGAAGAAUUAUAUUAUCCUUAAAGUAUGCAUUUGGACCCUCUUUAUUUCACUAGAAAGAGAGGCAGGAAGGGGUCACACUGCAAAGUUCUAAAUGAAGUAUAUGUGAAAGUGGAAGGUAUAUGAAAGGGAUACCUUUUCUGUCAAAAAUGGUACAUAAAAGGGUAAGGUAAGGGGUUGGGGCCUCCUUAUAUAAAACUUGUAUUUUUUUCUGACUUGUAUUUUGGGGUAAUUUUCAUGGGGUGUUUAUUAGACAUGGGGCAUUUAUUAGUGAGGCAUUUAAAUUUCACAAAGGCAUUUACUUGAGAGAGUGUGUUUAUUAGUUUAUUAUUUUAUAGUACUGGUAUCUUAAUGGCCUAGGCUGGGUUUAAUAUUCUCCUGGUGAACUUUAGCAGGAUCAGGUUACAGUAAUGUUUCAUUAUACAAUUAAUGUCAGAUCCUGAGGGAAACAGUUUUGUGUUCCAGACAGUCCUGAUGUUUCCCAAGACGAAUUCUUGGGAAACAUCAGGACUCAAGGGAAAACAAAACUAACUGGUUUCCUGAGGGACCUGACAUGUUGUGUUUUGUUAGAUUUCUAGACUUUCACUUCAACAGCAACAAAAGAAUAACCAAAGCGAAUCAAAACAGUUGACUCGAUUCUUAUAAGAAACCCCUGAAUGAAUGAUUUACAAAGUACUCUCCUUAUAUUAUCUGCAUCUUUUUCCUCCACUAGCUGCUGUUUCUCUACAGGGAUAACUUUGAAAAUUGUUGCUUUUUAGCUUGAGGCUUCAUGUUUUUGUUGUGGACUCUUGUUGUGUUCAUCCCCAAAAGGGAAAACUAGCAGUGUUUUUCCCACCUUCUGUCAUGCCACUUUCCACCAUGCCUUGAUGAUGUGCUGUAAUGUACCCCGAACAGGGUACAAUUGCUCAAAUGUAUCACGAUCAGGAUACAUUUGAUUUUAGUCAAGGCUAUAUAUGUGACCAAGAAUUAACCAAUGACAGUCGCUGUUUAGUUGAGUGAAAGUCUAGGAAUAUGACACAAUUACACCUAACUAUGUCUCUAUUUUGCUGUAAAAUCUUAAGAACAAAGCAAAAAGGCAAGCAUUGUUAGCCAUGAGUUUAUGUAGAGUCCAGUGUGAGGGAAAACAGAAACUUUGUCUUGUAAAUAUGAUGCUUCUGUUUUGCCUCAGAUUUUAGAGCAUUAGAGGGGCUGUUUGCAAUCACUUGUUCCUAGCUUCAAAAUGAAAACUAAGGACCAGUUAUUUAAAAUGGAGGUAAUCAGUCUUUUACAAAAUCAGGGUCUAAUCCAUUUUUCUUUGCCCAAUCGUAAUUAUCUAUUCACUACUUGCAGUAAACAGGUUCCUGGAUUAAAGCAUAUACAAACCGUUAAAUAAAAAAACACUUAUCUUUUUAAAGUAACUCACAUAGAAAGAGAUCUAGGGGUCCAGUGAUUUCUAAAGCCAUUGCAACAGUUAAGCCUGGUUCUAGUAUAUUGCUGUCGACCCACCUGUGACAUUGAGAACAUGUGACACCUUAAACAACGGCCAUUAUUACAGGUUUUUACUGCUGGCAUACCUGCGAAGUUGAACCCAAGUCAACUGUGCAGGCACGCUGAUAGUAAAUGCUAGGAAAGCCAAUGUUGCUGGCAACUUCUGUUCUCAUGCAGCAGGUAGGUUGGUGACAUGGAUGAGAACCAGGCUUUAGACUUUGUUUAAAUUACCAACCCUUUUGUUUGCAAUAUACAUAAUAGUGCACACUUUGGUGACACCUACCAUUUAUUAAUCUUUAUUAUUAUUAUUAUUAUUCUUUUAUUACUAUUAUUUUUGCAGAGAAAGGAUUAUCUUCUCUUCUGAAAAGUCAAACAGACUUGGAACUUCUACUUGUGAAAUGGAACUCGUCCCACACCAACUUAACUGACAAGUGCUUGACUACACUACAUUCUUCAAAACUAAAAUCUGUGACACUGGUAGCUCUUGACCAGCUAACAAACAAUGGCCUAAUUACCCUGGCCAAGAACUGUCCCAAUAUUUGUGAACUUAUGGUCCCACGAUGCAACCAACUCACUGAUGGUUGCUUUCAAGCUGUUACUACACUUUUGAAGGGAGUGCUGGUAAGUGUUAUUUAUUUUAAUAACUGAUAUUUAAUUGAAGGUGACCCUACACUGUAUGUGAAAAGGGGAUGACUUAUGAUUUGGGCUAUGUGAUUGACAUGUGACUUCAAACACCCUCCUGUAGUUAUAUUUUGGCCCACUUGUGUUCACUUAUUUUUUUAUGAAGACAAAGUCAAAAUUGGCAUUUGGGCAGGCUCUAUUGUGGAUGAUAAUAGAGAGUUUAAGAUACCACGACAGCGACAGCCGUGAAAAUGUUGCUUAAAAAGUGAAUUUGCGUUCCUCCAAUCUCUUAUCGCGAUUAUUCGAAUUCACUUACUUUGUCAAAUGCAAGAGAGCUAUUCUGAAGCUGAAUUCCUUCCAAUCAUAUCCAAGUUCAGAAAGAGAAAGAAAAUUCUGUCGUCGUUCGUUCACGUUAGGUUCGUAAAACGUGAGACUAGGCAUUUUCAUCAUCGUAGUCAUGCAAAGACAGAGAAGAAAUGUACAAAGAAGCAUGCUGCAUGUGCAGAGUUGUUGUUUUGCCUAUUCAACCUAGUGGCUUCUUAAACUCCCUAAUAUGAAAAAGAGAAAGUGAGUAAACACAAGUAGAGAGGGAGAGAGGAAGGGGGAAAGGAAGCAAAGAAAGGGCCUGGGUAGGAGGUAUUCAAGGGAAGUUUGAGUAGAGAUGUGCUCCCGGGCUCCCAGACUUGCGGGGCCUUUAAUCACUAACCCUGUUUAAAACAAAAAUUGUACAUUCUUUCAUCCAGUUUAAUACAAGAGGCCUUAUUUCAUGAUCCUGAUUAACAUUUUUUUGCAUAAAUAAUUAAGUUAUUUUUUAAGCUAACACCAUGGAAUUUAAUUUUUUGGUAAAAAAAUAACUAUUUAUUGGUAUGGUAACCACAGAUGUAGAGUUGUCAUUACCAACCUUCACACUCUUGUUAUGUAAGUAUUUCCAAUUUUAAAAGACAUCCUGUUGAUGAUGCUAAAUACGUACCGGUAUUCAAAUUACUCUGUUAAAGACCCUCAAAUCAUACCCUGUUGAGCCCUGUUGAGUGACCCAUAACUGUUUAGUCCAAAAAAGGGAGUGUCCCCUUAGGAAAGGGUUGCUGUAGACAAAACCUUAUUAGCAUUAUUGAAACUGCUUGGUGAGACUGAUUCAAUAUGCUAAACACAGUUUGAUAGGUUGUGAGUCGUUGUUGGUAGAGUCGUGACAGUUGGCAGGUUUGUUGUGGUAGCUUUAAUGGUCAAAUGUGGCACGGACAAUAUAUAUAUAUAUAUAAGAUAUUACAUUUAUGAGGUUAACCUUAAGAUUUUGAUUAUUUCCAUUUCAACAUGGAUAAUUUAAAACAAGCCUAAAAUUGAUUUUUGAAAUUAGUAGGUUUAAGCAAAAUUCAGUCCUUGAUCAAAUUUCCUUGUAAGUUUGCAAACUGCUUAUUCAUUGGAUAAUCCUCACUCGUUAAAACAACUUAAAGAACUUUGUAACAAACAUGUUUAAAUGUUGAUUAACUCAGAAAAUUCCUUUACUCAAAUUCUAUAUUUUAUUUUAUGUUUUCUUUGCUUAAAGUUCACGAUUAGCAAGCUACUAGAUUUCGCCAAAUUAGAAUUGCCUAUAAAAGACUCCCACAUUGUUCCCUAAUUUCGGAAUGCUCAACACUUGUGUGUGUAUCGAGAUCACUGAGAUUGAAAGGCUUUUUGACUCUGUAUACUCUCAUGAUAGAGGUUUUAAUGGUAAAGGGAUUAAGCAUUUCUUGAGGCAGAUGAAGUUUGCUAUUUUGCUUUAUAUGACAUCAGACUUUGGUGCGUGGUAACAAUAAUGCAUGCAUGUCUUUUUUAGAAAAACUGUGUUAGCCACCUUAAUUAGCAAAUUUAAUACCUUUGCCAGGAAGUAUUGGAUCUGUCUGGAGUUCAUCUGUUGACUGAUCUGAGCUUAGUAGCCAUUGGCUCGGGAAGCUGCCCUAAUCUUCGAGAGUAAGUGAUUAAAGUUUUAAUAUUAGCCUACUCCUAAGGAUGUUUAUAGAUGAUGAUCUGUGCAUAAUAAUGUGAAUGACCAACAAAAAUACAAUGAGGUCUUAUUGCAUGAGCAAGCAAUUGGAGACUUGCUGAGAUUAAAGGUCAAACACUUUUUCGUUUGUGGAGAGUUUAUAUCUAAAUUUGCGUAUAAGGCACCUACCCAGCAUUGCUCAAUGUACCCAAGGCCCCUUUGGGGUUUGCUACCCCUGGCUUAACCUUGAGUGUAAAUUCCUGGGUAGAGUAUUACUAAACAGGCAUGUAGCUAUUAUGCAGCUGUGAAAUGCUGGUAUGUUAUUUAAUGUGCAUUUAAGUGCCUCAUUCGCAGUUGUUUCAGGAUACAGUGGCCAUUUCUACUACUUCAGGACUGAACUUUGCAGCAAAAAUUGCCAGCACAUUUUGAUUGCAAUUUCAGCAAAAACAUGUUUUUGCUGAAAUUAAGGAUCUGGUGUGUUUUGGAAUACUCGUUAACGUAAAUCAAAAAUUAAAUAUAGCAAGAAUAGCAAAUUUAAAUCAGCAAAAAAAUUGAUUCAAAUGGUGAAAAAGCAAAGACAACCCUUGAGAAAUCGCAAAAGUAAUAAAAUAAGGAAUAUGGUAAAGUUUGUUCUUGUCAACAUCAAUCGCAGAUACAGCGAAAGUAACAAUCUCAGCAAAUGAAAGGUCUUUAAUCAAGCAGGUAAGGUAAAGAAGGCCCUUGAAAAGUUCGAGAGUUUAGCAAUAAUCGCAAAAGAAACAAAGAUUUUCUUAUCUAUGCGAAUACUUCAGUGUUAUAGAUUAUCAAGUCAGAAAUUUGACGAUGGGGACGUUUAUUUUCAGCACAACAAUUGACACAACCAUCAUGUAUGUGUGCGGCUUCGUUUUAUUAUCUAUGGACAUCAGGGAUAAGUCUUGCUGCAUUAGUUUUCUUCUCCACUGCGUAUCAGUUAGUAAUUUAAAACAACAAUUACCAUUACAGCAGGAACAAUAUGGCGGGAUGAUGGCAAAAUACAACAUCAGAGAUAUCAGAGAUUACACAUCACGAGUAACUGGUUUAAGAUAAACACAACAGUCAACAUGUCUGACCUGUUGAAAAGCACUUAAUUUACCAUGUAUUGCUGGUCAGGUGAUACACAAAUAAUGAUGCGCAAGGGUGGUCUAAGUAUUUUUUCUGUUACAUCCUUGUCUUUUUUAGAGUAAGAAAACUGAAAAGAAGAAAAAUAAAAUUAAGUAAAAUUUAUGCUUAAAAAAAUGAAAAAUUAUGAUGCCUCAGUCCUUGGAUUUAAAUGAGAACAAAAGCUGAAAAGGUUCUUAGUCCCUAAUUUGGCCUAAAGGCGACACUGGUGGAGCUGGAGCAUGGUCAGGCUCGUCCUUGGGUAGAUUCUGAUGUGCACUUCUAACAAGAGACUGUUCUGCAUUUAAACUUCAUGUCCUGGAGAUGGGCGAACUUGUAGCUGUGUCUGUUGCGGCGAUUCUUUCUCCUAUUUUCUACCUGAAUCAAAUAGGACCCUGUUGUGUGAUGAUGUCUGACUACCGACUCUGGCUUCCACCCUCUGGAAUCCGUCCAGGGCUGCAUUCACACCUUCGUUCUGGGCUGUAGUUCCUUCAUUUUGCUGCUUGCAUGUCGGUCAUGGUGCUUCUUCUGAUCCUUCUUGGUAUCCCAUGGACUCCAAAUUGCCUCUUCAGCUCUUCAUUUUGGUAACUUCUGGUGUUCCUCUUGAAAUUCAAGCAGGUGAGUUCCUAGGGUUUCAGAGGCUCCGUAGGCUGUUUCUCGACAAAAUCUGCACACACGCUACAAUUGGUGACCGUUUGCGCCACAUCUAGACAUUCCAGGCCAAAACAGCACCUCUCUAGCUCUUUGUCUGCAUUCCUAGGUGACUCUUGUGGAUCUGGCCAAGUAUUUCAGGUCUUAAAACCUUUGGGACAGUCAAACAUCUUCCUUUGAAGAAGAGUCUACCUGGUGUUGUGGCUUCAUCAUGGAAUGUCCAGUCGGGUCUUGACUCCAUAGCAACUUGCUGCUUUGUGUCUGGCCAUCAAAUUCUCACCAUUGUUAGGACUGCUUGUAGCUCUGUUUCUACUUUGGUCUCUGGAACUCUUCCUACUCUUACCGUGUUGAUUUCCUGGAAUUCUUCAACUUGAGUUUCCUCUACCUCGACAGUUUCGUAAAAUUGUUCAUCCUGAGCUACACACUGAUUCAACCGAGUGCACCAAAGGGGUGACUCAUCUCCACUGUCUCCUGAGUCAUCUGAACUAACUUGUGAAACAUCCUCUUCUUUUAGUUGAUGCACUUGUUUUGAUCUACAGAGCUUGGAAUAAUGAUUCAUCUUUUUGCAGAAAGUGCACAGUUGUCCCAUUGUUGGACGUUUCUAGUGGGUUUUGUCGUAACCUUACCUCCUGUGCUUGUUUUUCUUGUCUUGUCUUUCUUUUCCUUCCGAAGCUUUCUUUUCAAAGUCUUCCUUGUUUUUGCAAUGAUUUGAACUCUUAUGACGACUCCGAGUUUCGCGUUUUUCUUUGCUUACAACAUUCACAGUCCGGUUUCGUCUUUUAGCAAGUUUCUUUCGACUGUUUAGAUUUGUUUCAUGGUUGCGACCAAUUUCUGCAGCUCUCGCGAAUCAACUCAUCGGUUAAAUUGAGGCACUUUGCACGAACUUUAGUUGCAACUGAACACAGUUGCGUCACGAACCAUUCUUUCCUCCUGUUCUUGGUAAAAACGGACCUUCACGAGGACCUUCUUGAUCCGUAAACCACAUUAAAAAUGGUGUUGACUUUGUCCGGAAAAUCGAGGGCCCGGAAGUAUUGCCAACUCAAAAGCUUGUAUGUUAUGAUGUCUCGGCUUUUUUCUCGAGUAUCCUGGUGAAUCAAGCCAUGUCUGUUACACAACGCAAGUUGCAAUUCUCCCCUGACCACAGCGAGUUUUCACCUCCACAGAUCCGUGAACUUCUUUCUCACCAACAACUACUUUGUUUAUGAUGGCCAGUUCCAUAAACAGAAACACGGUGCAGCCAUGGAGGAAGACGAUCUUAGAUCAGUUGGAAACCCACCCUCAUUAUGGUACAGAUAAGUGGAUGAUGCUUUCUCCGAACUACAUCGCUGUGAUGUGGAAGAGUUUUCCCAACAUCUCAACCCGCGAGAUCCGAUUCACAUCGGACCCAGGGGAAGACGGAAAACUACACUUCCUUGACGCUUGCAUCAAAAUUGAAGAGGUUGGCUCUACCAGAAUCACAGUAUAAAGGAAACCAACUCAUACGGACCAUGGACUCACUAUCGACUGAUAAAGGCUAUUAAGCGAUUUAGCUGAAAUAUCUCGUAGCAAAUAUUUUAUACGUUCCAGUCUAUUUCUUCUCAUUGAUGUCGAUGUAACACGAAAUGAACGUUUUCUCUUCAACAAUUACUAGGGUCAUUGAUAUGUGUAUACCUCGUUCUUUAGGCAAUAAAUACCCUCUGGACCUAUCAAGUCAGAAAUGGAGAAGAGAGAAUUGACCAAACCAUUAUAUCUGCUUCGUUCUUUUAGCUAUGGAUGCGUGGUCUGUAAUUUACCAUGAACAACAAUUACCAGAAUCAAUGAUACACCCUAGAAGGUCCUUCUUUCCCUUACUUCUUAAUAACACUGAACUAUUACUAAAUUUGUUAUUGUUGUUAAUUUUGCGAUAUUUGCAGGCGUCUGACAUAUUCUCUUGUGAAUAAUUGUUUGUUGAUAAAAAAUUGCAAUAAAACAAGCAAAUUUUUGUUGCAGAGUUCAAUCCUGAACGUUCUUUUCUGUUACCUGUGUGCGAUAUUUAUGUGCAAAAUGGGUCUUAAUAGCACACCUCACCUUAAAAUGCUGUGCCCCCCUGUUGUUAUGUUAACAGCAAUUUGUCUAAGUUAAUAUCCAAUUUUGCCCAUAUUCAAGCGUCGUUAGGGUGCUUAUCUUGCAUUAGUCAGAACUGGUUAGCCAGACUAGUCCAGUCCAUACAUAUAGAGAAUUCCACUAUUAAUCAGAAGUGUCUAUAAAUCAGAUCACUUAUUUUUUUUAAUGUAGCAGUCAGCGAUGGGUUUCCUUGCAGUGUCCUUAAUAAAGGAGGUUUUUUCAAAACUUUAGAUCAACACAACCAUAAAACUAGGUGGUGUGUGUUUUACGGGUCCAUUUGAGCUCUGAUAUGUUGUACUAUUUUUUUUCUCAUUGCAGGCUUUAUCUUAAUGGAUGCACCAUGAUUUCUGGUGUAGGAAUACAGCAGGUACUAAAAUCAACAGUUCAACCAAUUAAGUCAGCAAAUGGUUAAUUCUUGAUAUCUUGAGCAUAAGCAUUGUUCCACUUUCUGAAAAAAAACAACAACAAAUAUUUACCAACUUGCUCAAUCAUAAAUAUUUUGAAAACUCAGCGCUAUUCGAUCUCAUACAUAUACUGUAAUUCGUAAUGUUUGCUCUCAAUCCUUUUUUUACAUGAUUGAAAGAAAUACUUCGUUAAAUAAAGAGUUUUGUACGUUUUGAUAACAAAUAUCGAUAUGAUGUAAGAAAGAGGAGUGAAGUUAGCUUACCUUUACUCCUAAUGUGGUCUUUUGCAUUUUCUGUGGCAUUUCAAUCCCUUGCUGCCCCAACAACAAGUAAAGGAAAAAAAAAAACGAUAAAUGCAAAUCCAAUGGCCGCCCGCAGCUGAAUGCUGUCUGAAUGUUUUUCCGUUUUCUCUCAUGCACUUCCAUACUUCCUAAGUCAUCCAGCCGCUAAGCCAGGUAAAGGUACAAUGUAGUUUUGAAGAUUGGUGGAAAAAUAACAGUGAAAAAGCUUGCGCCUCUAAUGGCCUUAAGUAACACAGUGAAUUUUCACAUGCGCCUUAAAGUCGAUAUUGUCAUAGAAUGUCGAAAAAGAAGUGGAUCUUUAUAUUCAAAGCCAUAUUAAACUCAAAUUAGUUACAAAUGACCCUUAACUUGGCCGAUGGCAUGUAGUAUAAACGCGUGAAUGUGUGACUGUAUUCUCCAGUCAUCUGCAAUGUCUCAAGAUAUUUUCAAAUUUCCUAUACUAGACGAAAGACAACUUAAAGAAAAACAAAGCGUCAGUGAUCACAAAAUUAUCCCCUGCAUAGCUAGCUUGAAAGCCUUUUUUUAUUCAUUUUCUUUGUUAUGCCCUCUAAGAAAGUGUUCUAUUGGUGGUUUUCACGUUACGUCAUCGCCGCCGCUGCUGGUGGACGGUAAACAAAAGAUCGCUCAUUAGCUCGCUUUUUUUGUCUACCAGCAUUUGUUCAUUUCAUCAUUGUUAUUUGUGUCUCCCGAGAUUGCAUGAAAACCACCUAUUGGCAAGUAUCAAUACUACAAUUACUAAAUUCAAAUUUUGUAUCUUGAUCGACCACUUUUCCAACAUACUAUGAUGAUGUUGAUCUUAAGGCAAAUGUAAAAAUUUGAAGCGUCACCCUAGGUUAUUAGAGACAAGCGAAGUUCUCAAGUUUUGGUACUGAUCGUUGAAAACUACCUGGCUUUUAGUUUUCCUAGGCGAGAUGACACGAGGUGCGGGGAAGCAGAAGAAAAGGGACAAUAUUCCGAAGGCAUCAGCGGCAGUUGACCAUUAGAUUUACAUUUGCCUGGCUGUUUUUUUCUUUUUCGUUAAACUACUAACAGUAAAACGGGCAACGAAAACGUGCAACUUAAUUUGCAACAUUGCUGUGAAACGAUUUGAAGUGCUGUGUUGUUGAGUGCGUUGUGCCACCCAUAUUCAAACCUGUCUUGCAACAAGUAGUCACGCCAUACACGAGAGUUACGUCACUGGUCGCCAGUAAAACUCGCAACUUGCAGAUUUUCUUGCAAAAAGUAGAACUGCGCUUUAAUUUCUGCAGCAACUUUACACAACCUGCAACAACCUUAUUGCUGCAAUACAGGUUGAUUUGUGGGUGGUAAAACGCGUAACAUAGCUAUUCAACUCUUUUUGCUGCAAUGUCGCAAAACAAUUUUUACGGUUUUGUUUCUCAUUUUACCAUUCCUUUAGGGCCGCCAGCAGCUCAACGCAACACGCAAUAGACCACACUAAGAGUAUAAUGUCCCAUUCAUACCAAGGCUUAAACGUGUUUUAACGCUGUUGUGUUUAGUUAAACAGGGUUUAAUUUUCUUGGUCUGAUUGUCAGCUGUCUGUGUCAGUUUAUUUUUACUGCCAGAAAAAAAUAAAGUCAUUCAAUACGUUGCAUACAUGAAAAAAGUAUUGGUUGAAGGUUAAAGGUGAUGUAAAUUACAUAAGUUAAAGAAUUAAAAAAUUUUUUCUGGCAAGGAAUCUGAAAUUGAAACUGGGGGGCUUAUUUCAUGUUCAAAUAUAAGUCAGGAUAAAAAGCAAACAAAACAAAACCCGCCAGACGGAAACAUGCAGCAAACUAUAAUAAAUUUCUGACAGUCUUUGGUUAGAGGACCAAACCUCCAUUGUGGUUUUUCUUUGAUCUUUUUCACCAGCACUUCAUAUAUUGAACCACAUUUACCCCUCUAGCAACCCUCACCCCUCCUAUGACUAUUUAGCAUUUUCCUCUUCAAGACAGACUGUUUUUGAAAAAAAACAGCCUCUUGCUAAUUGGAGAUCACAGUAGAGAAUUAAAUUGCACUUAAUGUACAUAAUGAAUGAUUGUGCUUCAGGUGACGGAAGGUUGUCCUUCUUUGUCAAGACUUGAUAUUGGCUACUGCUACAGAAUUUUAAACAAAGGCACCUCAUUUGUUGGAGCAAGUGCUUUUCCCAAAACCUUGACAGAAUUAACAUUACACGGAGUGCAGAUGUCUGAAGACUUACUCAUUGAAGUGCUGAAUCAGCUACCUUAUGUCAAAGUUUUGACGCUGUGCGGCCUGAGGUCUGUAGAUGAUGAUACAUUAAAUCAAGUGAGUCCAUCUAUCUCACCUUAAGUUUAUAAUUAUUUACUAUGGUGUACUCUUGUGCGUCAUUAAAAUUUCCCUUAUUGUUUUUGUACGUACUUAGUCUGAAUAUAUCAGCUUAAAACCUCUAGGUUGUUGUUUGGACCAAGAACUUUAAGGGUCUUUAUGUGCAAUUCUUAUGAUAUAACCAUUUUAUGAAUCACAAAUGCAAAGUAGGAUAUUAAUGGUGGCUGCGUUAUGAUACAGGUGCAUUGAGCUAUUUGUCUUAACGUUUUUUGGUGUUAACGUGAUGGCUACAAAAAUUUAGAAAAAAAUAUCAUGCAGCAAUAGUAAAUAAUCCUAUUUCACUGGUGAUGAACCUUUUUUACGAAAUUAGCGCUUAAGUGGACCGUACUGUUCAAAGGAAAUCGCGUGUAGUAAAAAAUUUGGCAGAUUUUUUUUUACUGAAAUUUAUUAUCGGCUGUUAUUGCUAUAAUACGUUUGCCAUGCAAAUUUCACCGAAAUCUUUGGAGCAGAAGUCCAUAGCCAGUAAGACAGUCGAAAUUCAACUUUGAAAUCGUUUUGAAAUUUAAAAAAGGAAUUGCUCUGAGGAAGCUGAACGAGCCACCAGUUCCAUUUUUUAGGACAAGUAAUUCAAAUCUUUGACAAUUCUUAAGAAAAAGGUGAUUGCCUAUCGUGCUAUUUUUGGAGAGGUACUUUUUAGUUAUGGAAGCACUGUAAAUUGCUCCAAACCUUGCUCUGAAGUUGAAUGACUUGUUCCUCGAAUGAUUCCUUGUUCUUGGAAUAUUCCUCAGCGGUUUUUGCUGAAACUCCUGCUACAUACAUUUUACAGUAUUACUAUGCAUUUUCAUCGGCUUUAGUGCGUCUAAAACUGAAGAGUACUUUUUAAAGAAUAGCCUGAUUGGUAAUAAGCUGUGUUUUAAGAAUAAGCAAACGUUAGAAUUACUUCCCGAAAUUUCGGACUGGUAGAAAGCAGUCAAAACAAAUCUUAAAUGAAUAAAGAAUAAGCAAACAGUAGAAUUAGUUCCCGAAAUUUCGAACAGGUAAAAAGCACUCAAACCAAAUCUUAAGAGCAAAUGUCUGUAAAAAUCGAGCAAAAUCGAAACUUCGCGACCAAAGUCAAAAAAUCGUUUUCGCUCAUAUCUUGUCCCUAGUUAGGUAUUAGUAACUAACUAAACGUGGUGUAGUUUGUUUUUCAAAAGGCCUCCUCGAUUUGGAGAAAAUCGACAAAAUCAGUUUUCGUAGUCGACAACUUGAAACAACCAAAAUUUGACGUAAAAUCAGGCGUUCUCAAAACUUCCUUCGCACGCAAACAAGAAGAAAGCGGGGUAAAAUAUUCCGCGAUAAAUCAAUUUAUAAAGGGUUCUACUUCUUGUUUGGAAGAUAAACAAUUUUAUUUUAGUUUGGAUUCUUUUUCAACUAAACGAAAUUUAAAUUUAGGCUGAAAAUUGCGUUUUAUAUUUUAGGCAUGCGCUAUACCUUGGUUUUAGCUGAAACUCAUGUUAUUUCAACAUUGGGCUAAAGCAUACGCACGAAUUGGCCUAGGUACCGUAUUUAUUCGAAUAAGCGCCCAACCUCGAAUUAGCACCCACCUCGAAUAAGCGCCCAUCCUAAAGGAAGAAAAAGUUAAUAAGCGCCCAGCCUCGAAUAAGCGCCCACCCCCUCCUCCUCCCAAUCAAACUCAAAUAAGCACUCACCCCAAUCCCCACCCACUUGAGGGAAUAAAUUUUAAUAAGAGACUUUCCCGAGGACGGAGUUUCCUUCAGAUGUAUUUUACAGAAACCUUGCUUUGUUACUUCCUCGCGAUUUGUUAUUAGCAUUUAUUGUUUUGUUGCAAAAUAAACAUACUUCAGUUGCUGAAAAUGGUGAAAAUUUCAUAAGCGCCCAGCCUCGAAUAAGCGCCCCCUCUCAAGGUCCAAAAAUUUAAUAAGCGCCCAGGGCGGUUAAUCGAAUAAAUACUAAAUUUGUACGUCACACGAACCUUCUGACGUUGAAUAGAUUUUACUUGAAAUAUGAGACUUUUCAAGAACGUCGGAUGGUUGUUGCUCGACAGGUCACGAUAGCUGGGCUCUCCAAAAGAUACUUAACUCACAAUUGCACUUGUAUUAAAGAAAUUUGUGCUGGAACUUUUUGUUACCUCAAUGAGUUUCUCGUUCUGGUUAACUGUUAUCUUGUUUUCUGCUGGUUUGCGCCGUGUUCCCAAGCUAAUCAACCGAUGAUCCAAAAAUUCCAGGAAACGUGGUGCGUGAAAUUAAGCUCAUACAGAACAUUUCAUGGUAUUACUGACCUUUCUUUUCGAUCAAACUUUACCUACAUUGCCAUUUCAAAAUUCUAGGUCUCACAAGAACUGCGAUUUUGAUAGUGAAACUUUCGGGCUGCCGAUACAUCUUUGGUCGUAAUGCAUCUGUCAGUUCAGGCUGCGCCCAGCACCCCCCCCCCCGGGGCUACUCCGGUCAGUCCCGAGGGUGGAGCAUUUUUCAAAUUUUGUGCUGCCCGGGGUCCGGGCAUUUGCCAACCCCGGGGCCAUUCCCAAGCUUUCGACACGCACGCGGUUUCCUAUCAGAAUAUAACUACACAGAGGAUUUUAUUGGGAAAGAAAGCAGGUUGGCUCAACUGUCAAGGAGAGGAAAAAAUUGAUGAGGGUUGUAAAGGCGUGUUCUUGAUUUUAUACAUGCAUUUCUUCACUGCUUAUCAAGUCAGAAUUACAUAGCGAAAUCGGGAGCUAUCAACGUGAAUCAACGUUUUUCGGUUAUUGAAUCAAAUUUCUGUUGAUAUUAUUUGAAAAACAUCCUUUCGUAUUUAUAAAACUAUUCAUAACAUAUAACUUUACAGCGCUCUAUUAAUUUUAAUGUCAAUAAUUUUAUAUCAGUUCUAAAAUUAUAAACUGGUCCAUGUCGUCGUGGCGUGAAGUCUUUAUUAGAAUCCAAGCGCUAUUACAAAGGAAGACGUUAAUUGAAACAAAAAAUCACAAAUUAAAAUGCUUAAAACGGCAUUAUUCGACUGUGCGAUCAAUGAAAAAUAAUGCAGUGUUGACGGCGGACGGGGCAUUUGCCCUCUUUUUUCGUCCCCACCCCGGGGGAUUUGACAGUUCAAGAGUCCCCACCCCCAGGAAUUUGCCAGCCAAGGGAAAAAAAAUGCUAAUGCCUGGGGUUUAACCGGGGGGGUUGUGGUUGGGCGCAGCUGGAAUUGACUGCAUAAAAAAUCUGGUCAAAAGUGUUGCGUGACAGGAUUUGCCGGCCCUCCAAUCGAACCAUUUGAGCGAUGCAUCUAUCCUGGGACUUUCUUUAUUGUCCUUGCCAAAAGUAGCAUAUCAUGCUACUAACAAUCCAAAUCAUGUCUUUUCCCCUAAGUUUUUCUUAGGGAAAAAGUAUGCUUUCUAAGUAUGCUUCAUACAACACUAAAUAAGUCCAAAAAUAUCGUUUUUCACGUCAACUCCCCCCCUUGUCUUGUAUUUGCCUUUUAUUUACUUUUGGCUUCAAUCUCUAGCUAUUUCACCGCGUUAUAUAUCAGAUCGCAGUCUUUCCUCUCCCAUAUGCAAGUUCCACAGUUUUCUUUAAGAUUCUGCAAUUAUUUUUCAGUAUAUUUUUUUCUAAUUUGAUCAUGGUUCGUGAAACUCUUGUUUCUGUUUGUAUACAAAGGAACUCCUCCAUGCGACCAUCCCGUUUAUACGACCACCUCUUUAUUAAUACCAUAGUCUUUCGACUCAGACGUGAUAAUCUCCGAGUCAUUUUACUAUUUUGAAGACCUCUUAAAUGCGACCACCUCGCUAUCAUGGCCAGGAGUUUAUGGCCCAAAGGUUGUCGCAUCAACGGGGUUCCACUGUGUUUUUUAAUUUCAGUGUUCCACCUUAUAUUACAAAAACAAAAAGAUAUGCGUCAGCUGGAUUAUGGCAAUUAAUGUAAAGAGCUAAAAUUAAGGAUCCGCUUAUAUGAAGAAAAUUUGUCUCGAGCAGAAGGGUCAACCGCCUACCCGAGCUACCCUGGAUGAGCCAAACUUAAAUUACAAAAAGUUGGCUCGGCUAGAAGGAUGACCCACCUUAUCUAGUCACCCUUUUGUAAUGGUAGGGUCAGCCUCCUAGCCGGGCCAACUUUUCUCCAUAAACACUUUGCGCGCUUUCCAUUCAACAAAAAUCCUGUUUGAAAUUUCGGAAAAUCCACGUGCCCAGUGGAACGUUACAUUCCGGUUGCACAGACCAAACCAAAGCCACCGCGAGUUUGGUUAUCGUUUGGUUAUCGUGGUUGUAAGCAGGAUACAGCAUCGAAGCUGCCUUUUGACAAACAAACUACACCAAGUUUAGUUAGUUACCGUACCUAUCUAUAAACACGAUAUGAGCGAACUCUUUUUUUUUGACCGUGACCGCCGGUUGCUCGAUGUUUACAGACAUUUAUUCUUAAAUAAAUGACUAAAUCAAUCAAUCAAUUAUAUAAAAUAAGAUAUUAUACCAAUCUCUUUUUACAAUGUUAAGUGGUGUAAUUUUCCAAAAAGAAAUUCAGGAGUCUCUCUGUAGGCAAAGACCUCAGCUUCCUUGAAUGAGAUUGCCAAAGUCAUCAUCAUAGAUUUGGAAAUUUAAGAGAAAGAAACAAGAGUUUUUCAAUAAUGUGUUUUCUUGUGAGAGAAAGGUCGACAGCAAAGAGAGUCUUGUGUUGGUUGCAUGAUGCAGAAUCAAUUCCUUGCAGGGUGACAACUAUUGAUAGCACGUUCAUAAAACCAUUUUCUCAAGAUUGUUUCAAGAACCGUUCUGAUUGUUACUUGUACUAAUUCUGCAUACUUCCUACAGUUUUGUUUUGACAGUACAAGUUGUUCUUUAAUUUGUACAGAUUUGUUUGGCUGUAGGCCGGACCUUGACGUCUUUGGAUCUGAGUGGUUGUACAGUCUUAACAGAUGCAGGUCUUUCGGCCAUCAGCAAACAUUGUCAAGUCAUUGAAUCUCUUAAAGUUUCUUUCUGCCCAAACAUUACUGGCCAAAAACUGAAACCAUUGUUCAAUUGCCCCAAAAGAGGUCCAGAUAUUAAAACAUUUGUGGCUAAUGGAUGUAAAAUGGUCAGUAUGUUAUUAUUUUCUCUUUGACUAAAAUGUUCAUUUAAAUAUUAUUAUGAUAAUUAUAAUCAUCGAUAAUUGAAAUUUGUGUUGUAAAACCCCGUUACAGUAUGCCAAAGGGACAUGUGCUAUCUACAGUGUCUGUAUUAUCUGGGUGACUGUAUUGAGCAGGCCAUCACUGUAAAUGUCAUAGCCACAUGCUUCAUUGAUAAUGUCAUAAAUAAUUUCAAAGCAGCUCAAUUGAACAAACCUUUACAUUUGACUAAUAAGUUAUAGCUGUUUUGGGGUGAAAUUGUUUGUUAAGUUGUUCAAACACAGCAGUGAAAUCAUUUAAAAGUAGCGGUUUGUGACCGUCAUUUCAGUUUGCAGUUCAGUCACAUAACAGACCAUUGUCCUUUUCAUGAACUUUAGGAUGGAAAAAGAAAACUACCCAUUAUUAUUUGGUGCUUGCAAAGGGAGGCUUUUUUGAUAAAAUAAUGGUUGCAAUCAGAGUCAUGCAAGUUUAGUAUCAGUAGAGUCUACCAUUUUAAUGACACCUUAACCUAACAGGCCUCUUUUGAGCUGCAUAACAGAAUAUUAACCUAAUGAUGUAAGGAAAUUGAAAUACCCCUAAUCAGCUCCAGUUCAGGGAGGUAAAUUAAUUUACUUAUUACGGACGACUAGAGGAGCCAGCAAUCCUAAUCUCUAGGUUGCUAUUACGCAUGCUUGGCAAGCAUGUGGCUUUUUUUAAGCUUCGUUUGGACUUCCACUAAGAUUAAAUGGAAUGUACAGAACACAAUAUUAUCACGCGCGUUUGGAUUAUCUAUCACGUGAAACUUACGCAAAGCACAGCGUUGGAGAAAAAGCAUUUGAACCUUGGAUGGUUGUCGCCCGCACUCCGUAACCUUUGGUUAUUAUCAGUUCAGUAUUUAUUUAUUGUUGCAUGUGUGUUCUGCAGUUUUCAGUUGAAGUUGUAGCUGAAAUAGCAGCCUGUUGUCCUUCUUUGCAUAAUCUAAGGCUAGCUGGAAUGAAGGACGUCGAUGAUCAGUUAUUAACAGCAGUCGCUGAAAACUGCCAUCAUCUUGCUUCUAUAAACAUUAAAGGUUGUGGCCAGGUAUGAAUAUUAAACAUAUCAUUGUUUAUUUAUUAAUGCUUUCAAAGAUCUUUGGGAGCGUCAAUUAUAUAACAUAGGAACAAGGGAAUAGCCCAGGUUUCACAUAUCAAGACAUGACUUCAAGGCUUUGUGGUAAUUCUUAUUAUGGUUUAUGGUUUUCUUUGUGUUCAAUUCCAAUCUGGGAAUUACAAGUCAAUGAAAUCGUGGCAAAUUUUCAAUUUUUGUUAGUGAAGCCACAGUCAUACUAGAAUUUUGUUAUAAUUAGUAACAAACUAACAGGACCUCCUGACCCUCCUCACCUUCCCAGGCAAGUAAAGCUUUAAAGAGAAGUCUUUUUUGAGUAGCAGUUGGGAUCUGGUGACACACUUUUGAUUAAUAGACACAAGUGGAUGAAUUAAUUUCCCAUAAGCUGCAUAGCUUUUAAAAUCAUCGUGCUUGAAUAAGGGCUGUCUGUUUGUCUGUCUGUUGUUUUUCACAGUUGAUUUUUGAAUCCACAAAUCAUUUCUUUCUGCGAAAACUUUUUAGAACUGGUACUUGUCCAUUUCUAGUCACUUUCUUACUAUUAUAUGCCAUUACAGUGAAACCUCUCUUCAGGGGAUACCCUCAGGACCAAAACAAGUGUCCUCUGAAUGGAGGUUGGGCUGAGGUUUGUUAAUAAUUAACCAACAAAUACACAUUAUUACUGGAGCCUAAAAUGGUGACCGCUCUCGCUCUCGCUAUACAUAAAUGAUCUUCCUAAUUGCCUGUCUAAUUCAGUUGCACGUAUGUAUGCCGACGAUACUCACCUGACCUUUGCCAGUAACAACAUAGAAACGAUCAAUGAUGUUAUGAAUCACGACCUAUCCAAUGUUAAUACAUGGCUCACUGCAAACAAAUUGACUCUCAAUUCAUCUAAAACUGAGUUCGUGUUAAUUGGAUCGCGGCAAAGGUUAGGUACUUACGAUACUUCCCCUAAACUAAUCAUAGGUGGUGACAUAAUUAAACAAGUUAGCUCGGUUAAAUCUCUGGGUGUGCAUAUAGACGAAAACCUUUCAUGGAAUAUGCACAUUGAAAAAAUAGCCAAGAAAAUCGCAUCGGGCAUUGGAGCAAUUAAACGUUGUAGGCCUUUUGUUAAUCGAACCACGCUGGAGUCCGUUUUCAAUGCCUUAGUUCAACCGUACUUUAAUUACUGCAGCGAGGUCUGGGGGCAUUGUAACAAAAGUCUUUCGAAUAAGCUCCAAACGUGGCAAAACCGGGCUGCCCGUAUUCUAACCUUCUCCAGUUAUGACACAAGCGCUGAUCCUCUUCUUGAGCAACUCAACUGGAAACGGUUGGAUACUCAGCGACAAAUACAAGUGGCCACCAUGGUCUAUAAAUCUAUACAUGGUCUUGCGCCCGACUAUCUUGGUUCUCUUUUCACUAAAUAUAAUCCACCUUAUAAUUUAAGGAACUCUGAAAACAAACUAGCUGUUCCAUUGCCCCGCACCAAUUUCUUGAAAAUUAGCUUUAGCUAUAAUGGUGCGGUUAUCUGGAACAGCUUGUCCCCUGAAUUGCGGCAAGCAAAAUCACUUAAAUCUUUUCGAAAUGGUUGUCGCGAUUUCUUUGACUGAAUCGAUAAAACGCACACGGCAUCUAUGUAAAGCAGAAUUUCUUUAUUUUCUCUAUUUUUACUAUUUAAAUUUUUAGAUCAUGUUUAUAUAGAUUAAAGUAGAUUGUAAUUUUUAUUAUUAUUAUUAUUAUUUUAUUUGAUAGAUUUACCGUGUUUAAAUAAAAAUAAAGUUCAUGUUAAAGUUCUAUAGAAUGCGCUGCAGUCAUUAUUUCAAGCAGCUCGAUAAUGUACAAAAAAUCAUGAUUAACUUAUCUUUGUGAUGUGUGUCGAAUUCUCACAAAUGUAGUACAUUCAUUGAAGUGAGUUUAUUCAUGUUUUGAAAGCUGUCGCCAUUGUGACUAGUGAACACUUAAACUUGUUGACCAUUUUUGUGGUCAGUCACUUCUGAAGUACUUUUGGUUUCUAAGGUGUUCCCUGAAUGGAGAUAAAACCCAGGUUUCGGGACCCAGAAAAAGUGUCCCUUUCCUCUGAAUAGAGGUGUCCUCUCAACAGAGGUAACAAAUACAAAGAUUAUGGGGACAUUUUUCUGGGACUAAAUCUUGUGUCUCCUGAAUGGAGGCGUCCCAAAGGAAAGGUUCCACUCUAUUGUAUUAAGCUGUCCCAUUUUAAUUGCAAUAAAUGUAAUGUUAACUGAAUUACAAUAAUGACAGUAAUACUUGGUUUAAGCCGACGGGCUAUAUUUGAUGUAUUAUGUACUUUUAACAGGUAACAGACGUGGGAGUUUGUGAGUUAGCACGGUUGUGUCCGUUAGAGGAAGUUGUGGUGUCUGGUGUGUCAAGUCUUACAGAUCGCUCUGUUUUCGCACUUGCUAAUUGUUGUACUUCAACACUGAAAGAACUCUGGGUGUCAGGGUGUUCAAUGAUAACACCACCUGCUAUCAAUUAUCUCAAGGUAUGUAAGCUCUAUGGUAUUUCAAAAUUUAUAAAUAUUAUUCAUUAAAUAUAUUUUGCCGAUUAUGAUUAGUUUUAAUCCCCGGCUAAUGUUACGAUGGCUUAUUGUUAUAUAUAUAUAUAUAUGUUGUAGUUAAAUUUUUAAUCCAGGUAAUUUUUGUUUUUCUUUUGUUUUUUGGUAAGGUAAUGUAUGCUAAUGAAGUUGAAACAAAGGAAAAAUAAAAAUUACUGUUUUUUACACUGAUAUAUAUAUAUAUAUAUAUAUUUUUAUAUAAAUAUAUAUUUGUAAAAAAAACGGUCCUUUUUUUACACUAAAUGUUGCUUUUUUUAAAAAAAUAUUUUGUGUUCAUAUUAAAUGUUGUUUAGCCUUUUCAUAUUAAAGUUGUUUAGUUUUGUUUUCGGGCUUAUUUCUCGAUCUCUAAAAUAAAACACGCAUUGCCGUACGUUACAGACCGCCUUUAUAGUCCCUAAUUGUUAUAAACAAAUCGGCUGCUGUUUUUAUGGCCUUAUAAAGUUAUUCUGUGUAUUGCAAAAAUUAGACUAACAAGCGAGUGUAUGUACGCUUGUAGCUAUAGGCUAGCGUUUCCUUUUGCUUGAUUAGCCGACUGAACAUGUUCCUACAUCAUGUUGAAAGCUUAAAGUUGUAACGCAGACAUGACAAUCUUGCAUGCAUCAACAUGGAUUUCAACAUAGCAUGAAUCCCGUGAUAGAAGAUUAGCGCAUCAUACAUAAUACAGGAAAUUGCCUAACAAUUGCUGUCGUUGAUUCUUGCUGGAGAUUUUAUGCUAGAAAUGGAGUUAUAAUUUAUUUAUCCACUGCUAAGAGCACCAAAGCAUUAUAGCCAAGUAUUUUGUUGACAGUUAAACCGAUUAUUGCAGCUGAUAACCUUGGGAAAAUAGAUAAAUAAUACAGAACAAUAUUCUGUACAGUUUUCGGCUUGAACAAGUAGCAAUGAAGGAGAGAAUAGAAGUCUUUGGUUGCUGCAAGAGAUUGUGACAGGCAUUGCUUAUAAAUAAGACAGUGAAUAACCCAGCUAUUCUAUUAUUGCCUAACAUGCAGUUACUGCCGUGCGUGACCUCAGCCGAUAAGCAUAACAAAUGAAAUUACUGCCUGUUCCUUCUUCGCAUCCAACAAUUAGAAGGUCCUGGAAAAUUGAAUGACAAAGGAAACAAGAAGAAAGAAUAAAAAGAAUAAAAAGAACGUAAAUUUUUAACGCUGUCAGCGAGUUAACAAGGGAAUUUAAAUGCCCCACAAUAAAGGGGACACGGGAACGUGAACGUGACUAGCGGCACGAAAACUACAGUUCAAUAAAUUUCGAACCAUGCUAUGGAAAACAGCCUGUCUUCGAUAAAUGAGUUUGUCAAAUGGUCUAUACGUGUAAAAUAGCAGGAUUUUUACAUAAAAAAGGCAGCUUUCUUACAAAAAUACCUUUUGUAACAAAACAGAUUUUUUACAUAAAAAAGCAGCUUUUUUACAAAAAUAUAUUUUGUAAAAAAGCAGCUUUUUACAUAAAAAAGCUGCUUUUUUACAAAAAUAUAUUUUUGUAAAAAAGCAGUAUUUUUACGACCAAGUAACUUGUAAAAAAGCAGCUUUUUUACGUAAAAAAGCAGUAUUUUUACAAGCGGCUAAUUUGUAAAAAAGCAGCUUUUUUACAUAAAAAAGCUGCUUUUUUACAAAAAUAUAUUUUUGUAAAAAAGCAGUAUUUUUACAACCGCUCAAUUUGUAAAAAAGCAGCUUUUUUACAUAAAAAUGACGCUUUUUUACAAGGACCGUUUUUUUAUGCAACAUAUAUAUAUAUAUAUAUAUAUAAUGGUGACCUCGUUUCCAAGUAGCGACGCCGUAGCCUAGCUGUUUAUUUACUCUCACUGCAGAGGCCCCUGCUUGGUUUUCCAAUAAAAAUAGCAGUGCAAAGAAACAAGUAAAGAAUAACGCGGAUAAGAGCAAACGACGUUUCGGUGUCAUCUUGACGUCACUUUCAAGUUCAAAAUGAUUGAUGAUAAACUGACCAAAACAAUUUUGGCUGAUGAUCAGCAUAUAUGUAAUAUACAAAGUCACGCAAAAAGUUUUUCUCAAAUUCAGUCCCAUUGGACAUUUAGAGAAGGUGUUAGUUCCCUAAUUAGCAACAUUUCGUGCACUUAACAAUCGAACUUGUUUUUGCACUUCUUAAGGACAGAGAGCUGUUCGUCAAGAUCUUUCGGGACCGUAGAGUGUUUAUCCCUAUAAUGUUUGCCAAUGGAGGAAGACAUUUUUGUGUUCAUCCGCGCGCUGAUGCCUCAGUGUAUAACCUACAUAACUUGCAUUACACAAGUCACAUUGAAAUUGCUUAAACUACACACUGUUGGUUAACAGUAGGCGGUUUUUUCUCAUGAACGUUAAGGACUUCCUGGAUCUUGUUGCCAACGAAAACUGGUCGAACGACCGUGUGAAUCUUCUGGCUUAGUUCUCUAAGCUGUUUGCGAACUAAAUUUGCUGAAGCUUGGUCUUUAAAGGACAGGACUAUACGAACUGGAGGGCUAUCUGCAGGGGUAGGUUUCGGUGGUUUGUCUUCCGCCUUGAAGCAGCAGUUUCCCUGAUGGUACUAGUGAUGAGACGUUGCGGACAUUUAAGCCGGGAGAAGAUUCGUCUCAAUCGAUCUCAUUCAUCCGAAAAAUAUAACCAGCAAGAUGAUAAGCGAUACGCACGAUCAAGCAUGGUUUUCAACAGCCCACGUUUAUAGCGCAUAUCAACAUGGCUGUGGUAGUGGAGCAAAAGACCCCUGUUGGUAGGUCUGACGUAAACUUUGGUCUCGAUUUGUGGGGCUCUGUUCAAGAGUUGCAUUCCGAGAAAAGGAAGCACGUCAUUGUUUUCUGUUUCCAUAAUGAAAUCUACUUAAGGGUGGCAGUUGUUAAGGACCUUAAGAAAAGAAGCCGCUGAUGUUGUGUCCGGCAUAAUGGUUAACGUAUCAUCGACGUAUCUCUUGUUGAAUGAAGGCAUUUUGCCUUCACUUUCCAGAGUUUCUUCAAUGGGUGCCAUAAAAACAUUGGCGAGCAGUGGCCCAUGGUGACUGUGUCGACCUGUUCGUCCAUCGAACUGAAUCAGUUGGUCUUUGGUCGCUGCUUUUAGAAGAUUAACAAGGUCCACUUUGCUGAAGUUGAAAUGGUGUGUUUCAUUAAAACAAUUGUUGUUAAAGGCUUUGUCAGCUAGUAUCUGGAUGGGUUCAUCUAGGGGCACGUUGUUUAAUAAUGAGGUAACAUCGUACGACACAAGAAUAUCACCGUUUUGAUUUUUAGUUCGCGAAUUUCGUUCGCAAACUCAAAGGUGUCAGGUAUUGUGUGCUGGUCGUAUGACAACGGCUUUUACUUCUUGUCCAUCAGCUGUUAGCCGAAAAUUUGGGUUUAUGGCUCACUCGAGGGGAACAGCUGAAACAUGUCACAUCGUAAUCUUUGGCUAUUAAGCAACACAAAAAUGCAUGAUUGCAAGAAUAAAGCGGUAGCUUUCACUCUGAAAAUCGAAAUUUAAAUUUGGCCCUCAUAAUCUCCUUUUGGCCGCCAUCUUGGCUUUCGGGGAAAGCUACGAAGUUGCUUAUAUUCUUUUAACGUUAACAAAUCGCGUUUUAAACUUAAAUAUAAAACAUAUUGGAGCUCAAAAAAUGACUUCCGUUUGUUCUAGUGCUUAAAUGAAAACGACACUGCCUUUCAGUAUUGGUCACAAUAAUACCGGCAGUUUGCACUUAAUAUUAUCACUGGAAAAAAUUGGGAGGUUUGCAUAAUUGUUUCAGAAAAGAGAGUAAGUAGACAAAAUUAAUGUAUAUAUUUGUAGUGUGUUAAACAGAGUCCUCCUCGAAGAUAACAAAACGUACAUGGUCUCAAGGCAUUAGUCGGAGCUUUUCGCUGUGGGUGCGAAAGUCGUUCUCUGCACGAUGAUGGCGGAAGAAUGCAUUAUGUUUGGUUUUUCUAAUUCAACGUUAUCCUAAUACAGAGAUAUUUCUUGUUAGACAACCUUAUAUCGUGCUUUCGUGAACCAGAAUCAGUUUCAGCUGAAUGUGAAUUCCCCGUACAUCCCAUCAAAUAUCGAUGCAAUUGCCGAAUCGAGUUCACCACUGGAACAAUGGAAGAGACUUAGAUUUGUAACUCCGGAGUCGCUAUACUUGUCCACACAGAAGUAAGUGAUGACUGACUGCAGGCCACGAACAAGUGAAAGCAGCCAUGGAAUGACAUUGUAACGGGACGUUGCUCAUCCAGUCCCACUCAACAUGAAUUUUACCUAGUGAAGAAGGCUAAGCUGAAGGCUGUGCGUAAGGUUCGCAACAAGGAUCGUGUGCUACCUUUCCGUAUGGAUCACGAUUUUUUUUGCUCGGAUGGCACUUCUCGGACAGUUUCAUCAUAUUGAAAUUAAAGUUGCUUACACAUUGAAUACAACUUUAAUGGUCCUUGAGCUCUUCCUUGAUCUCUUACUGAUCUUAAAGGACUCACGCGAAAGGCAAACAAAGCCAGACUCUCUCAACAGCGUGAGCGGCGCCUCUCAGCCUCCUCGAAAUACUUAGAGAACUUAGCCCGUAAUUCCGAUCAAAGAGGUGGCAGUCUUGCAGAGGUUUACGUUUUUCUCUUGAGCUACUUUCGGUAAGGUUGCUGAGAGAGUUUGAGAUGGUCAGGAGCACCAGCAGCAGGCGCGUAGGUAGUGUUCGCCGUGUAUCGCGAUGUGUUGAUAAAAAAUUUCCAAAGACUGUAAAUAAUGUCCAACUCUGUCAGUGUUCUGAAUGUCUAAAACAGGCUUUGAAUAGUGCUACGUGAAAAAGGGCAGAGGCACGAAAACCAGAAGAUCAAAAAUGUCUAUGCAACUCGGGCAAGCUGGCAUUUUCAUCCCGUGCAUCAUAAGGGCCCUUAUCGGCGUAAACUCUCAGCGAUCACAGGCUGUGAUGACAUCUCUGCGUUCUUUGGUAAAGGGAAGUGGAAAGCAGAACCGCUUCCCCAGCACAAUGAAGGGUGCGUCCGAGCUAUGAUGAGUAUCGGGGAGGAGUGAUGAGCAUCCGAGGAGUCCUUGCAAUUAAAGAUACGGAAGCACUCGUGCAGUGUGGCAACUAUACUAAAAGAAGUGUCACAGUGUGGAUGUGCUGAAUAUGAGAUCCACCACGGUAGACUGGCAGGAAAGUCAAACUAGAGACUCUGCCCCCAUGCGAGUCAUCUUUACGAGAUCACAAAAGCAAUUAUCAAGCCGCAAUAUGAAGAGCCAUUUUGCCGCUCCCCUCAUUGACAAUUUGACACUUUUAUGCAGCUCUGACGUCGCGCCGUGUGUGCGGCUUGCACCUAAGCCGGCUCCUGAAGAAAAGUACUGUCCUGUGCGUACAAGAAAGUAUAAACAAUAAUCAUUUGUACUCAAAGAAUGUGAAGUAUUGAUACAGAUGGGGGUAGAACAGAAAGAUAGUUUUUACUUUUGUCAUCUUUUUUGUUGUCUUUUUUCAGGUUUGAUAGUAUUUAGAUCCCUCUUGACAAGACACGUUACGUUAUGUACGUUCUAAAACGCUUUCAGAAUGACUCCUGCCGAGAAACCUUUUUUUUCACAUUAUGAUGUUCGAGACGCAAAUGCGGUACAUGUAAAUAUGUUUUCAUGUAGAAUUUUCCAAUGAUGAUGAAAGGCAAAUUAAGUUAUGUGAUCAACCCGUCAAAGUCACGCAGUGUUCGGCCAAGUACAACUGAGAAGGACUCUUCCCGCAAGACAGAACUUGUCAUUCAUAGAUCCACAUUUCUUGAGCAGCUUUUUGACAUUCUUCACGGCAGCCUUAGCCUCACCAUUUGACUUGAAUUGGGGGCCACCAUCAGAGACGGCUUCUAUAGGGUUGCCGAAGCAAGAGAAUGCGUCCUUCACUUCUCUGAUAAUUAGUGAGGCCUUAGAGUUUGUCUUUAGAGCACGGACUUCAGUGGAAAGUGAAAAAUAGUCGGUGAUAAUGAGGUAUUUAUGUCCAUUAAGAUUGCAAAGGUCAAUACCCAGCUUCUCUCAAGGUCUCGUUGGCAACGGCGGCCGUAGAAGCGGUUUGUUGCAAUUUCCUGGAAGAAAAGCCAGGUAUUGGUGGCAGCGUUUGACCAUGUCCUCAAUUUCCCGAUCAACACCAAGUCAAAACACGGCGAGUCUUGUCGAUGCCCUGAUGUUCUUCAUGUAGCGUCAAGAGUAUCUUCUUCUUGAGAGGCGAUGGGAUGACGGUGCGGCCAUUCAUUGAGGAGAGGGAAUAACCAGGGACUGGAGUAAUGUGGUAAAGUUGAUGACGGAUGGACCAGAAAGGUUUAGCAAGGGUGUCUACUUCUUGCAGUGAAUCAGGCCAUCCACGCACAGCGGAUGUCCUUUGUAACUCGAGAAAGCCUGAGGGUCGGUCUGCCGGGCCUUGGAAAUUUCAUGUAGUUUCAGGUCAUCGGUUGACUUAAGUGUAGGCGCACAGCAGCUUCAGUAUGAGCUUCACAUAUUCAUCAUCGAGUGACGGCUUGUCCACAGGAAAGCGAGAAAGGGCGUAUGCGGCCAAGUGAUCUUUUACUUUAACCCAUUGUGCAGCAGCAUUUUUAUAACAAGAACGCGCUUAGAGCCGUCUCACUUGCUUGGAGAUUAGAUCGAGAAAUGAGGAGGCCAUUAAUUCUACACGAAACAGGAUUUACUUGCAAAGGUUUUUUACUUCCUACUUUAUCGACGUCGAUACUGUUAUGUUUAUUUGUUUCUGAAUUGAUUUAGUGCGCGUGUUAGCGACGACCGGCAAUACGUCUGCGGUCGUAGGCUAUACGCGCGUAUAAAUACAUGAAAAUUCAAGGGCCUCGAUCCUAGAGGAAUUGCAUCAUUGCCAGAGAUCAAAAAAGUGAUUUACAUGACACGUCAUUUCAAUCAUCGCCGAAAAUAAAUCGCAUGGUCAUCACAAGACUCAUUUGCAUACAGUGAAAGUUUACAACACCCGACCAUCGCAGUUUUGUUAAUUAAGAUUCUUUUUUUUUUUCGGUAGUGUUCACUUGGUCCAAAGUAAUCAACGCUCUCAAGCGAAAGAAUUCGUGGACCGACACGUUUCAGAAAAGAUUUAAAUUUAAUCCUUCCUAAGCUUUCUUAGCAAAACAUGCGUGGCUUCGAUCACGCAACGAUUCUUAGUUCCAGUUGCCCCGGUCUCUGCUAGGAACCCCUGGCACAAUUACCCCUGCACAGCAUUUUCAAGGGUAAGAUCUUUCAUACACAAAGAGCUGUUCCGAAGAUCAUUGGAUCUUAUGCCAGCUACUAAUCUGGAAAGCAGAACACGUUCCUUACAUGACAUUCGAGUUGCAGUCUUCCAACAGUCCUCGUAAUGGCAUUUAUUCAAAAGGGACUACAAAUCAGUGAAAAAUUCUCGUAAUAUUCGUGAACAAAGAUACUUGUGCUUCCGCAUACCUGGGUCUGGAAAGCCUCGGUGAUAGCGAUAACAUCAUGGAUACUAACAGGUUCAUUUGUUUCAGUGUCAUUAUUAAGAACGUUUGUAAAUAGAUUUUGUUGGGUUUCGGUAGAGUUCCGUCGUUGCUUCCAAAUUUGGAAUCCGUCGGAGAAGAGGUAUCGAUAUCCAAUCGACGGACUCGUGCAGUUUCAGAAGUAGGUUUAGGACUCAGUUUGGACGGCGUAUCAUGUCUUUUAAGCAGAUGGCGAAAAGAAAAAAAGCGAAAUUUACACGGUACUGUAUUUAUCCCGUCGACUACGCAAUGUUUGUUUCACAUCCCAUGUGGUUCCUAGCUCGUGCCCGGACCCUUAGCAGGCGACACCACAGCAAAGGUUUAUGAAGGAACGCUAUUUGUUUCAAGUGAAGAAGAAGUAAAAACAAAAUGUAAUUAAAAGUCUGACGUGAAGUCUGUGUUCGUGAAAACAUUUUAACCUUCUAGUUUCAUUCAUAGUGUUACGAAGAGCCUCAAGAAUAUUUUAAAUUUGGCCUAAAUUAUUGAACUGCACAAAUAUUUAUCUACAAAGUGUAAACGAAUCGACGGCUGGUGAGAAGAAUACAUCCCUAUAUUCCGAGGGUUUUAUGCGGCAGAACCGGGUUUUCGGGGUCUUGUCGUCAUUUGUACUUUUCUUUUACAAAAUAAACACUGGUUCACUCGAACAGGAAAGCACUCUGUCUUGCAAUACAACAUUGACAAAACGCUGUUCGAGUACCAAUUGAUCAACUGAUUUACGGUCGUUUGAUUUUUUUCCCCAAAAUAUGCUCGAGGUCGAGAGAUCAUCGUUCAUCGCUUCACAGAUAGUAGCUCACAAUUCCAAUUAUUUUUUUGAGAUUUAUUUCCACAUUUGCAAAAAAAAUGGCCCGAUUUCUAGUUAGAAAUACCGUAACCUUCCUCCAAAUUGAAAAUCAUACCUAGAAUGCGUGUUUAUCGCUUCCUCGAAAUUUGGUUAGUCUGAUCCGAAAAUUCACAGUCUCAAAAUCUGUUGCAACAAAGAAACACAAUUCGCAAAAAUUUCUUACCAUUGACCAGCAGCCGAUCAGAUCACUCUGUCCUGACCUGCGAACCAGGAUGGUGAAACCUCUAUUCAGGGGACACCGUCGGGACCAAGGCAAAUGUCCCCAAAUAGAGGUGUCCUCUGAAUAAAGGUUGGACUAGGGAUUGUUAAUAAUUAACAGACAAAGAAAAAUCGGAAUCUGCCACAGUCCUUCAAGCUAUCUCAAGUCAUUCUGCUAUUUCAAGCAGCUAGAUAUUGUAUAAAGACAAAAAUUAACUUACCUCUGCAAUAUUCUGUGUUGAUUUCCCACGAGUACAGCACAUAGAUUUAAGUGAGAUAGUUCAUGUUGUGGAAGCUGUCAUUGACUAGUCUACACUUAAACUUAUCAACCCUUUUUGUAGACAGUCCCGUUAAAUAAGCUAAAGUGUCCCCUGAAUCGGGGGUGAAGCCCGGGAAAGGUGUCCCUUUUCCUUGAGUAGAGGUGUCUCUUUAAUAGAGGUAACAGAUACAAGGAUUAUGUAAACAUUUUUCCGCGACCCAAUUUUCGUCCCCUGAAUUGAGGUGUCCCUGCAGUAGAGGUGUCCUAAAGGAGAGAUUCCAAUCUAAAAGUUGUCUACAAUGAACCAGCUGCCAGAAGGGGAUUAUUUGAUAAUUAUGUUGUUUGUCCAUUCUCUUCAGGACUGCUCCUUGAAACGAAUAUACGUUGACCACCGCACACCAAAUGUUGACCCAGACCAAGUUAUGGCAAAGAAUCUGGAUACAGGAGAGUUUUGUAGAGCUGAUCUUUUGGUGUCAGGUCCUGUUGUACAGGAUCCAGACUGGUUGGAAUGACAUUUCUAGCCUUCGUUGUACAUUUUCACCAUCUCAUCACGUAUUCUGUCACUCUAAGGUCCUAGCUGUAGAUGGAAGGAGUGUCACCCUUGUGGAAGGAUAACCCUGCUGGUAUUAUCGAUCUCAGUUUCGUUUACAUAAGUGGUACCCUGGGUACCCUUUAGUAAGGGUUACCCCGUAUCCUUGUCAGGUUACUAGUAGGGUCGACAUUUUGGCAGCAAAGUCAACUUUACUGAGACCAACUCACCGUUGAAUUGGCACUAAAAUAUAAACAUACUAAACGCUCUUACCAUUAUUAUACGAAAGCAAGAACCCACAGCCUGUACUAAAAAGUCUCAGCAAAAGGCGUAAGCGCCAGCAAAUUUGCGCGUAGGACGGAAAAAGCAAGUACGUAGACAUGAUAAGGUAACCCUCGUGUUAUUGUUUCCAUGUUAAGGGGAGGGGUUUAUCCUUUGACCCCUGUUGAAGUGUAACCCUUGCAAGAGGUUGCCGCACUCCUUUUUUUGUAAACUGGGCUUAAACUUGGGAUAGCUUUAGGUACCGGGCAAAUGAGCCAAAAAAAUAAUUGUUGCGUUGCGAAUUGACUGUCAGGGUUUUUAAACCUAAAUAACGCCUUUAGGAUCGUUUAGACUAUGAGGAGUCAAAACUUAAAAAGCGUAGUUAUGAGAGGAGAAUGGUUACGAAAGGCGUGUUUCCUAACCAACUUCCUGAUAACAAAAUCUCGUCUAAGUAACACAAAAAUCCUAUGUGAGGAACAUGUAAAAUUGGAAACUUUUCUUGGCUAUUUUCAACUCGUAUGUAUGGUUUAGUGUUCGUGGGGAAGGAAAGCGUGACGAAGCCCUAAGAACGCCUGCGUGGGAGCUGUUUAAAUGGAGGUAGGAAGAUCCUAGGAAAGAUUCUAGAAGGCAGAACAACUUUUCGUUGAGCUUAUGUUACUGGUCGGGGCAGGUGGGCGCUAUUUUCCCAUCACGAACGAUCGCAAGACGACGAGACAGGACUAAUAUGACGGAUCGUGCUCUUUUACUUACCCAUAAUUCCUAGAAUGACAAUUGUGUCUAUGGGGAGGGGGGUGGAGUGGUCCUAUUUCCUUCUUGUCACACACUCCCCCCUGAAAAAUAUGUCGUCCUCGACAUUAUAGAACAGAUGAGAAAAAAAAAAAAUAUAUAUAUAUAUAUAUAUGGAAAUAUCUCUGAGAUUACAGUAACACUAGACAAGUACUCUUAAUCCUGCUCAGCUC